UCUGGUGUUUUCGGGUUACUAUGUAAUGUGUUUUGAGCUGUGUUGUACAUAUUAAUCCCAAAACUGUUUACAAGACCAGUAUAUAUAGUUCAUUAUAAAGCUUUUGAUUCGUAAGAUUAUAAAUCGGCUUGUGCACUUUUAACGAUGAUGGAGUAAGGCUUGACAACCACGAAAUUAAAGAACGUUCGGCUCUCCCUCUCCGACUACCACCUGGAAAAACGUUUUACUCGUAGGCUGUACGGUGUUAACAGGUUUACUCCGUAUUAGCUCUUAAGCAAUCUAACUGGAAUCAGUUGAACUACUGCACCGAGUUACUCUCUCAGUAGAAAUCGGUACAUUUGAGAUAAGCUGUUUGAGAAGGUCUUCUUGUUUGCUUAUAUAUCCAUGUUCUUUCAACCUUCAGGAAACAUGAACUAUUCUAGGUUUUUGACAGCUGUGAGUGCGGCACGGAAGGCAUCUCCGAUCCGCCUUCUGACUGAGCUCCAGCAGCGCUCUCCGCCCUCCCUGAUUUCUCUAGCCGGUGGGGCACCGAACCCCAAUACGUUCCCCUUUCACUCCGCCACCAUUAAAAUGAAGAAUGGAGAAGAAAUUGUCUUUGAUGAAACGAUCAUGAAACGGGCUUUGCAGUAUUCUGGAUCUUAUGGUAUCCCAGAGCUGCUUACAUGGAUGAGGGAACUCCAGAGGAGGCUGCAUAACCCUCCCACAAUGGGCUACAGCCCAGAGAGAGGCCAGAUGGAGCUAUGUGUCACUACAGGCAGCCAGGAGGGACUCUGUAAAGUUUUUGAGAUGCUUGUCAGUCCUGGUGACAAUGUCCUUCUUGAUACACCCACAUACCCAGGCACUUUGGCUGCGCUCCAGCCAUUGGGCUGUUCCAUCAUAAAUGUCCCCAGUGAUCAGCAUGGUAUGAUCCCAGAAGGCCUGAGGGACAUUCUGGCCCAGUGGGACCCUGCAGAUUCACAGAGACCUGGCAGCACCGUGCCCAGUGUCCUCUACACCAUCCCCAAUGGAGGCAAUCCCACAGGCGCCUCUAUGACCUUUGAGAGGAAACAGGAGAUCUAUAAGCUGGCAAGAAAGUAUGACUUUCUUAUCAUCGAGGAUGACCCAUAUUAUUUCCUGCAGUUUCAAAAGCCAUGGGCUCCUACAUUUCUCUCAAUAGAUGUUGAUGGACGCGUUAUACGAACCGACUCCAUUUCCAAAAUCCUGUCAUCGGGGUUAAGGGUCGGUUUCGUCACAGGGCCGAAGCCGUUAGUGGACCGUGUGGUUCUUCACAUCCAAGCUUCCACCAUGCACACCAGCACCUUUACCCAGCUCAUGAUUUCUGAGCUCCUGCACAGCUGGGGCCAGGAUGGCUUCUUAAAGCACAUUGAUGGGGUUGUGGAGUUCUAUAGAUCCCAGAGGAAUGCAAUGCUCUCUUCAGCAGACAAGUGGCUUAAAGAUUUAGCAGAGUGGCAUGCACCAGCAGCUGGCAUGUUCCUGUGGAUUAAAUUAAAGGGCAUUAAAGAUACACAGAAGCUUAUAAUGGAAAAAGCACUUGAGAAAGAGGUGCUUCUUGUGCCUGGAGGGGUGUUUAACAUAUGCAGCUCCGAUCCCUGCCCCUAUGUGAGAGCUGCCUUCUCUCUGUCCACACCACAACAGAUCGAUGAGGCUUUUAAGAGACUCUCAGUACUUAUCAAGGAAGCUUUGUGAUAACUGAAUUCUUACAAAAGAUAAGAUCUUUUUCAUUGCCAGAGACUGGUUUUGCACAGAUGCUAAGUCUCGUUGUUAUCUGCCUCUUAAUACAGUGGCUGCACUGAAUGUUUCUUUUUGCAGCAACUGCACUGAGACAUUUUGUCCUACAUUUUAACUACAAGACCACUACAAGGUCUUACUGUCUUUUGGAUUAAAAGAUGCAAUAAAUAAAAAGAGUCAAAG